GAGUAACCGGAGACAGAGGGGCCGGUUCCUUGGGCAUCCUCUCCUUAGAGAGGAGUGCGCGGUUCUGGGGGCCUUUCCCCGCGCGGCUCCACUGCCCGACUUCUCCCAGCAUUUUCCAGAGGGUCUCGCUCCAGCGGGUUCUUCUCCCUCAUGGCGUUCUCUGAAAAGAACAUCUCGCUUCCGAUUUUUAAAAACCUCUUGUCCUUCUUCUCCCUCUGACCCAACCCUCCCUGGAACCGUCCUAGAGGGGUUUCUCCCUCUACCAGGAUUCCUUCUUUCUCGCGGGCGGAUCUCCUUUCUUCUUGCGCCCUGGAGAGCCCAUUUCAUCUUAGGGAUCUUCAGUGGCGUCCCUGUACCAUCGACGGUCCCAGCUCUCGCCGCCAGAGGGCGCCGUCGGGGGCGGCGCGGCGCCGCUGCGGCCUCUCCUGUCCUGGCCCGGGCCUCGCCCCCUCCGCUCGUGCCGCCGGAAGUGGGAGGUGUUGCGCGCGGGCCGGCGCUCGACCCCUCCCCCCGUGGCUCGGCCGCCCCCUCCCCCGCUCCGCCCGCUCAGAGUGUGAUGGCGGCGCCUGAGGUAGCUGGUGGUGUGGCCAGUGCUCCCAGUCCUCCAGAAUCCUCUCCUAGUUUAUGUGCUUCCAAAUCAGAUGAAGGUCUCCCAGAUGGUCUAAGCCCCAAAGACCCUGUCGAGAAGCACAAGAACUUGCCUCAGUCAAGUGUAAGUAGCCAAACGCUAACCAAGGAGAAUAACAGAAAUGUCCAUUUGGAACACCCAGAGCAGAAUCCUGGGUCAUCAGCAGGUGACACUUCAGCAGCGCACCGGGCAGUUUUAGGAGAAAACUUGAUAGAUACGGCCCUUUGUCUUUCUGGCAGUGGGUCUCAGUCUGACUUGAAGGACUUGGCCAGCACAGCAGGAGAGGAGGGGGAUACGCACCUGCAGGAGAGCCUCCAUCCAGUCACUCGGUCUCUUAAGGCAGGGUGCCCUACAAAGCAGCUUGUCUCCGGGAGUUGUUCUGAAGAGACAGUCCCACAAGCCUCCAUCCUAAAGGAAGGUAUCAGGGACCCAGGCUUGGAUUUCCGACCCGUAGUGCCUCCAGCAAAUGGGGUUGAAGGAGUCAGAGUGGAUCAGGAUGAUGAUCAGGAUAGCUCUUCCCUGAAGCUCUCUCAAAACAUUGCUGUACAGACUGACUUUAAGACAGCUGAUUCAGAGAUAAACACAGAUCAAGAUAUUGAAAAGAAUCUGGAUAAAAUGAUGACAGAAAGGACCUUGUUGAAGGAGCGCUACCAGGAGGUCCUGGACAAGCAAAGGCAAGUGGAGAAUCAGCUUCAAGUGCAAUUAAAGCAGCUUCAACAAAGGAGAGAAGAAGAAAUGAAGAAUCACCAGGAGAUAUUAAAGGCUAUCCAGGAUGUGACAAUUAAGCGAGAAGAAACAAAGAAGAAGAUAGAGAAGGAAAAGAAAGAGUUUUUGCAGAAGGAGCAGGAUCUGAAAGCUGAAAUUGAGAAACUUUGUGAGAAGGGCAGAAGGGAAGUAUGGGAAAUGGAACUGGACAGACUCAAGAAUCAGGAUGGUGAAAUAAAUAGGAACAUUAUAGAAGAGACAGAGAGGGCCUGGAAGGCAGAGAUCUUAUCACUGGAGAGCCGGAAAGAGUUGCUGGUAUUGAAACUAGAAGAAGCAGAAAAAGAGGCAGAACUACAUCUUACUUACCUCAAGUCAACUCCUCCAACACUGGAGACAGUUCGUUCCAAACAGGAGUGGGAGACAAGACUCAAUGGAGUUCGGAUAAUGAAAAAGAAUGUUCGGGACCAAUUUAAUAGUCAUAUCCAGCUAGUGAGGAAUGGAGCCAAGCUGAGCAGCCUUCCUCAAAUCCCUACUCCCACUUUGCCUCCACCCCCAUCAGAGACAGACUUCAUGCUUCAGGUGUUUCAACCCAGUCCCUCCCUGGUUCCUCGGAUGCCCUUCUCCCUUGGGCAGGUCACAAUGCCCAUGGUUAUGCCCAGUGCAGAUCCCCGUUCCUUAUCUUUCCCAAUACUGAACCCUGCCCUUUCCCAGCCCAACCAGCCUUCCCCACCCCUUCCUGGCUCCCAUGGGAGAAAUAGCCCUGGCUUGGGUUCCCUUGUUGGCCCCCAUGGUCCCCACAUGCCCCCUGCCGCCUCCAUCCCGCCUCCCCCAGGCUUGGGCGGUGUUAAGGCUUCUACUGAAACUCCCCGGCCCCAACCAGUAGACAAACUGGAGAAGAUCCUGGACAAGCUGCUGACACGGUUCCCACAGUGCACUAAGGCCCAGAUGACCAACAUUCUUCAGCAAAUCAAGACAGUACGUAGCACCAUGGCAGGCCUGACCAUGGAGGAACUGAUCCAGUUGGUAGCUGCACGACUGGCAGAACAUGAGCGGAUGGCAGCAAGUACUCAGCCACUUGGUCGGAUCCGGGCCUUGUUCCCCGCUCCACUGGCCCAAAUCAGUACCCCGAUGUUCUUGCCUUCUGCCCAAGUUUCAUAUCCUGGAAGGUCUUCACAUGCUCCAGCCACUUGUAAGCUGUGUCUAAUGUGCCAGAAACUUGUCCAGCCCAGUGAGCUGCAUCCAAUGGCAUGUACACAUGUGUUACACAAGGAGUGUAUCAAAUUCUGGGCCCAGACCAACACAAAUGAUACUUGUCCAUUUUGUCCAACUCUUAAAUGACGGAUCUGUCUGGGGAGGAAGAAGAGGAGAAACUGAUGUGAACAGGAAGGAGCGGGUUCAAGAUUUCUAAAACUCUAUAUUUAUACAGUGACAUAUACUCAUGCCAUGUACAUUUUUAUUAUAUAGGUAAUGUGUGUAUAGAAAGUCUGUAUUCAGAUGUUCAUAAAUGAAAGUAUGUAUAUUAUGCAGAAAUCGUCUGUUUCCCCUCAUCUUGCAGUUCUUUUUGCGGAGGCAGAUUGUAGGGAAGAUGAUGUUUAGUUUGGCCUUGAAAUUAUGAUAUUCCUGCCUAGGGUUGUUUUCAAAUACAAUAUAAAAACCAUCCUGGAAGCUGCUAUUGCUCUAAGGCUAUCCUGCUUUGAUUUGGCUCAGUCUCUAGUCUCUUUUCUUAAGGCUCACGUAUGCAGAUUUGAACUCUGGUGCUUGCCCACUGUCCAACCAAAUGCCUUGUUUACCGAAAGCCUCAGGAAGCCUCAGUGUUCAAGCCACUCUUCUCCAAAUGGAUAAAAUGAGACUGAUUGAGGAAAAAAAUUGUGACCCUAAUGGUUUGACUUUUCAUUGAAUAUUUUACUGUGUUAAUGCUCAUUGUUUGUACAAGACAUUGGAUUUACAGAAUAUUCUGUUUUACAUCAGCAAAGUACACAAUCCAAGAAUAACAACAUAACCAGGUCCCAUUUCGCCCCAGAAUCUUCUGUCCACCCUACUUCCUGGUUACAGACAUCCAUUUAGAAACUGGCACAAGCCACAGGUUUUUUCUGGGCCAAGCUAUCCCUUGCCACCACUGACUUGGCUAGCCAAGCUCUGACAGAUCAACCUUGUGAAAUCCUCACUCCUUUUUCACUUCUGGUCUCCUAGUCUAGCUAACUCCCCUCCCCCUUGAAGGUUAAGGCAGUUGGUUCACAACCAAGUUGUUUGGUGACCUUGGUGAGCUCCAGGCAGGCACUGGGGUGAGGAGAUGUCUGUGUACAAUUACUUACAGAAUGAUCUUGGAUGCUGUUUUAACUUUUUUGAAACAAAAAAAGCUAUGGGAGACUUGUUUCCUGUUCUGGGAAAAACGGAGACCAGAGUGAUAUGAAGAAAGGAGGUUGGAUUUCACGUUUAUAAAUUCUUUGUUCUGUGGAUAGCUGUAUGGAACUGGAUCAUUUUAUCCACUUAUGCUUAUUGAGCUUCUGAUUUUUAGGUUUCAUACCUGGGAAUGCUGUGAUUCUAUUAGAGCUUUGAAUCUUUUCCUAUCCUUUUAUCUUUACUCUGAUAGGAAAUGGCUUCAGCUCCCUUCUCUUUGUAUUUAACCAAGUAAAAACUGUUAAUCAAAAAGAAAAAAGUGACUCCAGGGGAAGGACAUCAUUAUAUUGACAUCAGUUGAAUUUUUCCCAUUCGGAGACCUGGAAAUGCCUCUCUGUCUUCGUUACUCUUUCCCUUCAUUAUCUUUCAUCCUUGCCUCUCAGCUCAUGGAGGUACUCUUUCUCUUCUCUUGCCUUACUUGCCCAGGUUUAUUGACUAGCAUCAGUUUAAGCAGCUGGACUUCCUGGGUCCUCCUUGACAUCUAGAAGGGUGAUUGAAAUGGAAAUGGCCUUAGUACUCCACUGCUGUAGAAGUCAGAUGACCACUUCUAUGGUUAAUGAAAUAUUAAUGUCUUCAGUUUAGUAGUUGUCAUUGAUAGGAACUAUGGCAAAAUGGAAGGCCAUUCCUUUAUUCUUUUCAUUUUUUUAAUCUUGUAAUCAAAGAUUCUCUCCCCCCUCAACUUUUCAGCAGCCUUUAGGCCACAUGCACUAUUUUUCAGUAUUCCCUGAACAUGUAGAAAUUAGAGGUGAGUGUAAAAAGAUUCUGUUUCUUUUCCAAAAGUCCUUGAAGCCACAGGAGUAGAGAGAGAAAAAAAGGAGCCACAUGCACUAUUUUUCAGUAUUCCCUGAACAUGUAGAAAUUAGAGGUGAGUGUAAAAAGAUUCUGUUUCUUUUCCAAAAGUCCUUGAAGCCACAGGAGUAGAGAGAGAAAAAAAGGAAGAGGUGAAUAGGGAGGUUUAACUGCUUCUUAGUAAACACCAACCCCACCCGGAAAGCCAACUAUAGCAGGAGGACAAGUGUUUUGGAGAGUUGUGUUUGGGAGCUGGGGCCUCAUUGUUGCUCUUUUCUCUUUCUUGUUCAGGAACAAUUAGAAAGGAACCCUUAAGUUUUGGCCAUCAUUGUUCUCCCUUUUCCCUCUGUCCACUGGUCUGCAAGGUAAAACCAUGCAGACCAAUGGGAAAGGCCCCAAAUGAGGUGAGUGGAGAUGAGACAGUCAUUUUUCAGGAGUAGAAUUUAAAAAUAGAGAUAUAUAAUACAUAUUUUUACAAGCAAGAAGCUGUUGUCAACUUUGUUUUGUUUUUUUUACACUUAAAAUUCAUAGUUUCAGGGUAGAAAGGAAGUAACUGUAAAAAGAAAAAGUACAACCAGUUUUCUCUAAAAAAAAAAAAAAAAAAAGAUAACAUGACAAUGGAAUUUACUAAUAAAGGGGUUGAUUGUAUGUCCUGGAACGAGCUGGAAAAAAGCCAGCUUCCCCCAACAUGGGUAGAAAUCAUAAAGCCGAAUAUGACAUUUUCCUUUCUGGAAGUUUAUUUACAUAGGAAGUUCCAAGCUGGGAAUGGACAGUUUCAUCUUCCUGUCAGUCUUUGUGGUGUGGUAUGUCAGGCUAUGUGGUGUGGGGUGUUCCCAGUCAGCCAAAGCAGCACCAAGUGUAAUGGGAAUGAAGAGAACCCAGAUAAAAAGCUGUGACUUCAGUAUUCUUGUUUUAUUGGUUUAUGGCUUGUGGGCAGCUGGCUGAGGCCAGGAACUUUAGAGGCCCUCCUUGUGUUCCUUUUCCUCAUCAGGUGAUCUCACACUAGGCAUGUCCCAUACCUGGAAGCAGUGUGCUGACCAAAUAGGAACAGGAUGCAGUGUGCCUAUCAGGAAAAUUCAGCUCUUCCACUAACACUGGUACUAUAGUUGCUGUGUUAGAAUCGAACUUGGUCCCCACUACCUAGCCCAAGUGCCAGCCUGGGUACUCAAGUACUGUCUGGAGUGGGGUGUAGAAAGCAGGACAGGGAAAAAGGAUGGUCUCCAUUGAGAGGCUUUUGUGGUGAAGGAAAUAAGGAAGCCCUGUGGCUGCCAUCCCUUCUCCAAGCAGCCUUGAUACUGAAGUGAUGAUGCUAGAGCCAGAAAGCCCUGUGUUUCUGGCACUCCUGGUAUAAUACUAAUGCCAUUAUGGGAUGCCUUAAGCCAAGUACAUGGAAGGGACACCAGAGAGGAUGAGAGGCAAGGAACCCAAUCUGUAGUAUAUAAAAAACUUAGCACUUACAGCUGAACAAAAAGAAAUCCAGGCAGAGGUGUAGGGCAUCAACCCUUUAUCUAUUGAAUGAAUAUGUAGGAUUCUGCUCUCAAGGAUUAGGUAGGAGAGGUCUCUUACCUAUUCCUCUUAGCACCUUGGCUGCAGAGCUCCAGAGGAAGAGGGAGUUGGGGGAGGGACUGAACCUUUGACAAGGAAACAAAGCCCAGCUCUGCUAUAGCAGGUUAGGAUGUUUCAGUGCUGCAUAGCAUGUGUAGAAUAAAGGGUUCAGAUAGAGACAAGUGGAAUUAAUAAGGUAGAAAGUCAUUUGUUAGAUGAAACUUUUUAGUGGGCAUUUUUCAUUUAAGAGAGCUAAAAAGAGCUCUUUGGCUAGAUAAGCCCUUCCCAUCUCACUUUUGGUCAGGCUGCAACCAUAGAAAAGAAACCAUCAGGAAGCAACACCCAUCUUAUGGGAUGGAUUCUAUCUAGGGAACGAGAUCUAAAAUGGAGACUGGCGAGUGGUUAUAAUUCUGCCUUUCCUAGCUUUGAUCCUUACUUUUCCCUGUCUUUGCAUCCCCUUUCCUUUUCCUCUUCCUGACCUCCCCCAUAUUAAAAAUAUUCAAUCUAAUUAAUUUUGUUUAAUUCAAGAGGCAGGCUUUGCACCAGUAUUAGGCUUGUUUAUACAGUUCCUAUCUAAAGCGAACAGCAAACUGUACAUCCUCUCCUACUGACUUUGGCCAGCAGUGAAAGAAGAUUGGCCCUUCCUUUGCCAGUGUACCACAGAGACACCUGCUGGAAAAAACUGGUAUGUUACCAGUACUUCCAGAACUAAGAAAAGGAAGAUACUUUGGGUUGGAGAAUCUAAAGGAACGGUGGGCAAAGGUUCAGGGGUGCAGUCUCAAGCAGCAGAAUUUCCCACCUCUAGUUUGAGGUGAGCAAGAGUAUUCCCACCAGCAGAGCACUUCUUUCUUCCCUCUCUUAUUUCACAGGGUACCAUCCCUGUAACCCACCUUGCCAGCUUUUCCUUUUCUGUCAAAACAGAGGCCUUUGGUGGAUGGGUAGGGUCCUGAGGUACUCUGGCCACAGGAGCCAUCUGUGCCUCAUACUUGUGUUCAAAGUUGAACCACCCAGAUGUCAUCCAGUGGAAUCUGUCUUCUUCCAUGGGUCCUCUCACUUCAGCAAGGAGAUGUCAUCAGCAAAGUCAUCGUGCUGAUGGCGCAGACAGCGGAGGCAGCGCCACUGACACACCAUGAGGCAGAGUGGCAGCAUGAAGAGGGCGCAGAUGGCAGCCAUGACAUAGGCUAUGGUCAUGAGGGUUGAUUCAUCUGUCUGUGGAAUGUUGUAGCCACAGUCUUCCAUGUCCAGGGUGACAAAAGGGCCUUCCACUGCUGCUGUCCUGAACUCGUCAUGCACUAGGAAAAGGGCAAAUGUGAAUGGUCAGCUCUGAUUGUCAUAUAGCAGUUUGGGUUACACAACAAAAAGAACUUCCUGAUAGACCUUUAAAUUAGCACCUGAUGUGGCUGUAGAAUGUCCUUCCUUGGAGAUGUUUAGGAGCAGGGCAGAAAGCCUGAGCCAGGUGGAGGCAUGUCUCCCCUACCAGGUUACUGGGAGCAACAACUCUCCUGUCCACUUACCCAGUGGGAAUGAUACCUAAAAGUCAGUCGUUCUGAACUGACCACAAAAAGCCAGCCCUUUAUCCACCUAGUAAAGUCAUCUGCCACUGCUAAAACCCAAAAGACCCUGCCACCUUUCUGAAGUAGCAUUCAACUCGCCAUACAGCCAGUGACAGGGUCACUUGGUAGGCUCAGCCCACCCAAGGUACCGAGGCAGCUCUUAUUCCUCCAAGUUUCCAGCAGAAGUCACCCAUCCAGGCAGGGCUCACCAUGCCAGGCUGUACCAAAAAAAAAAAAAAAAAAAAAAAAAA